AAUACAGAGAUUGUCACGUAUUAUUACAGCAAAAUAGUUGAAUGUGUUAUAUUAUAAUUUAGUUCCGUUUCCUAAAAUCGCGCAAUGCAUUUAACUUCCUUGUAGCCAUUUUGAAAACAGCAGCGAAAUGGCUGGUAAUAUUUUGGUUGGUUCUAUAGACUUUGGAACAACGUAUUCAGGAUGGGCAGUUAUGUUUUCCCAUGAAUUUGAAUCAGAGCCGACGAAAGGAUUUGUUAAGCAAUGGCAUUCGGGCUCGAUAAUCACAGAAAAAACACCUACAGUGGUACUUAUACAACCAGGCGGCAAUAAACUAGAGAACUUUGGUUACGAUGCUGAGAACCGUUAUAAAGAGCUAAUAGAACAGGGAGAACACGAGGGAUACUACUACUUUCAGAGAUUUAAAAUGAAACUUCAUAAACAAUUGGGCGAUAAAAUCGACUUGAAUAUGACGUUGGCGGAUGAAAUGGGACGCAAACUACCUGCAAUUGAUGUUUUUGCUAUGGCAAUAGAAUACCUUGUUGAUGAUAUGCAUAAGGUUAUCAAAGACAGAAUGUCCGGAGGUAUUGAGAAGUCUGAGGUUCAUUGGGUUAUCACUGUUCCGGCUAUUUGGACAGAUUCAGCAAAACAGUUCAUGAGAAAAGCUGGUGAACAGGCUGGAAUUGAUGAUCGCAAAUUAAGUAUCGCACUUGAACCAGAAGCGGCCUCCAUUUUCUGUCGCCAUUUGUCAGUUGAAAAAAGGAUCGACACUACUAAUGUCUGCAUUGCUUCCUUCCCAGCUGAAACGAGAUACAUGGUGCUAGAUGCUGGAGGUGGAACAAUAGAUAUAACAGUCCAUGAAGUCCAACCUAAUGGCGCUGUUAAAGAAAUACAAGCUGCAAGUGGAGGCGGUUGGGGUGGUACUCUAGUAGACCAAGCUUUUGAAAAGCUGAUCAUUGAUUUAGUAGGAAAAAGUGUUUAUCAAGAUUUCAAACAGGAAAGCCCGGAUGACUGGCUAGAUCUUUGGCGCGAUUUUGAACUUAAGAAAAGAACAAUCAAACCUGAUAAGGAGACAAAAGUUGUCAUGAAGAUACCCGAAACUCUUCGUGAGCAGUAUAAACGUAAAUUCCGACAAACCUUUAAAGAGGCCGUUGAAUCAUCUUCAUAUGCUGAAAAUAUUACAUUUGUUGCUGACAAGAUGAAGUUUGACGCAAUCGUAUUUAAAAAGCUUUUUGAUGUUUCUUUGGCCAAAACAAUACAACAUAUGGAAAACCUUAUCAGAGAUCCAGCCGUCCGACACAUUAAAGCCAUUUUAAUGGUUGGAGGUUUUUCUGAGUCUCCUUUGCUUCAAGAGAGGGUUAAAUCGUGUUUUCCUGGCAUUGAUGUCAUUAUACCUGCAGAAGCGUCCUCGUCGAUAUUGAGAGGAGCGCUUAUUUUUGGACACAGUCCAACUUCGAUCUCAGAAAGAGUUCUGAGGUAUACAUAUGGGGUGCGUGUAUCAAGGCCAUUUAUAGAAGGCGUAGAUCCAGAAAGCAAGCGUGUAAUGACUGAUUCGGGACCUCAUUGCACGGGCACAUUUGACAAGCAUGUUGAGAGAAAUAAAAAAGUAAAAGUAGGAGAGCCACAGAUAACACAAAUUUACACACCAAGGAACAGGGAUCAAAAAGCCUUAACAUUUCCCGUAUAUGCGUCAGAGAUGAAAGAUCCCAAAUAUACCGAUGUGGGAUGCAAAUUCAUCGGGGAUAUGAGGAUAGAGCUGCCAUACCAUGAUGGAGACUUGUCGCGUGAAGUUGAAGUUAGCCUUACAUUUAGUGGUACAGAAAUUGAGGUGACAACACAUGAUGUAAAAUCUGGGAAAUUAGAAAAAGCAUCCAUUGAUUUCCUCGGGUAAUCAGUGAAUAAAAAAACAAUUUAAGGUCAAAGACGAGCUAAAUAAGACACGCACAAUUAAAAUUAAUUAAUGAAAUUAAUGAAACUCUGUAAGAAUUUAAUAUAUUAUUGAACUAUUUUGAGAUGUCAAAACUACGGUUAUUUUAUAUAGUGUGAUUGCUUUAAGACACAUAAAUGGUGUAAUAAAUGCUAUAAUUAUGCACACAAGCAUUUCUGAACAAUUUAUUUUUUGAUACUGCUUAAUUAAUAAGUAUCUAUGGUUAAUAAUAAUAAUCAAGAUUAGUUAUUGCAAAUUUAUCCUCAUCUUAUUCACCAGUUGUAUUAUAACUUUCAAUGCUACACAUGCACUUGUUAAGUGUUAAACAAUUAAAAUGUUUAUUGGCUUAAUAAGAAAAAACAAAUUUUAUGAUAUUGUGUGUUUAAUGAGUAUGUUUUAUAACUCUUGUAAUGGCUUUGGAGUGAUAUACUCGCAACACAAUGUCUUAAAUAAUUUACGUAACGUUUUGAGAAAAUGAGUGAGAUAUGCUUUUCUAUUCGAUUUGUAAAACAUAGUGUAGCCCCUCUAAAAUUGCCAUGACGCACCUCUGCUUCAAUGUGUUAUGUAUAUAGGCUUUAUUUUAAAUGUGUUUAGUAUCUAUUUCCUGAAUAGCUCAGUAGGUAGAGCACAGGACUGAUUAUUGCGAUGUCGUGGGUUCGAUACCUACUUAUGCCACUAUCAUUUUUAAUAAUUUUGUUUAUUUGAUGUUUAUAUAAUUUUUCAUGUUCAUUCAUCUUCUUUCAAGAAAGUUCUUUUCAUGUUCAUUCUGGAAUAUUCUUUCUCUAAGUAGUUUAGUAUUCUAGAUUGUUCAAUAAUUGUAUAUAUAUGAUGAAUGUUUGUACUUCGAUUGUGCUUUUGUGUAGAUUGAGUGCUAUUGCACUGCUGACAUAGUAAUAUAUAAGUUUGGAGUUUGUUAUUCUGUAUGGGAAGUGAUACUUAUUGUAUUAAUUCUACUGUGGACAUUGAUCAAAUUUGAGUUGUGGACAAUUGAAUUCCGAAAUGUGAGUUAAACUUUUAAAUAGGGCAUGUGUUAAAUUUGAAUUGUGGACAACUGUGACUUAAACUUAACUUUCAUAUUUUUUGUAUUAUGGUAAAUAACUGUUUUUCUUUAAUUAUCAAUUGUAAAUUUUUUUUUAAAUGUAUUCCUUAUGUUCUUAAAAACGACCUGUAAGGGACACUAUUUAUCAGAUCAUUAAUACCAUCUUCAAAAAGUGACUUAUACCAUAUGCUGACAUGAAUUCUUGCGUUUAACAUUAUUUGUGACGAUGAUCCAAUAAAAAAAGGUUCUCGGAUUACAGGAGUUUUAUUAAUUGAAAUACUCAUAUAAAUUUACAACAUUAAUAAAUAUUGACUGUACACAUAGCCUUUUACUUUACAAAAAACGAAACUUUAACUGAUGGUGAAAGAAACUACAAUGUGUCAUCUUUUAAAACAGUAAAUAUAAUGUUAAAUUUUAUUUCAUAAAUGGGAUAUUUAAUAUUUAGUAUCACAGUGAACUCUGGAAACCUUAAAGAACAUGUCAAAUGAAUGGCUUAGACUUGUUUCAAUCAUACAAUAUCUAUAAUAUCUUUUAUUGUAACUUCCAGUGUUUUUUUUAAAGUAACAUGACUUUUUUUAAAACUACUCAGUGAUUCUGUCGGCGGCUAAAUUUCGUUCAACAUAUAUAGAUAUAUUUACGUUUCAAACCCCAAAAAUAUAGAAUUAAUACAUAAACUCCUGCCGGGGCAUUAGAAAAUGUCAUUUAAGCAUGAUUUGAGCACAUAAGAUCAUUAUAAUAAUUUUGUCAUUAAUUUGCCUGUGUAUCCCUU